AUGGACGCCGGAAAUGGGAAGAUUGAGUAUGCACGCAUUUGUGUUGAAAUUGAUCCACAAACAGAGCUGCCUGAUACAGUCACACUUAAGGGACCUGGAGGUAUUAGAAUUGAACAAAAAUUGGAGUAUGAAUGGGUUCCAGCAAAAUGCACUCAUUGUAUUUGUUUUGGUCAUUCCUCGGAGCACUGCAAAAGCAAGCCAAGGAAACAGUGGAGUCCUAAGCAACCAACAAAUGAAGAUAAUAAAUUAGUGAUGGCAUCAGACCCUUUGGCCAAUGGAAGCACUAGUAAACAGGAGGACCAAAUUGGCUCAUCAUCCAACAACAUCCAGAAUACAAAGUCACCCUCUAGGACUAGUGUUGAGAUUAUAGGCACAUCUCUCAGCAAAGUACUUGAGUAUGGUGAUACCUCAUUGAGCAAAAGAGAAGGCACGUCAUUGAGCGAAGACAGAGAGGCCACUUCACACCCUCAGCCAUUGAGCAGGUCAGCAGAAGGUGAUGAAAUGAAAAAUAAUUUACCCCCCAAAAAUACUACCCAUGAUGAUGCUGCAAAUGAUGCGGACCUGGUAGAGAUUUCUCAGCUUGCAACAACAGCAGUUGCCAUCACCAAAGGACAGAGGACUUUCAGAAAGGCAAAAGGAAAGGGAGAUAUUAUUGCUGUCCUUGAAACUAAAGUCCAUGUGGACAAUAUUGACUCGGUUACAAGUAGAUGUUGUAGUAAGCCUAUGUGGCAUUUUGUGCAUAAUUUUGAAUUGUCAUUGCAUAGUAGGAUUCUUGUUAUGUGGAAUACAAGUAAGUUUUUUGCCACUUUUAUUUAUGCACAUAACUCCAUGAAUGACCGUGUGGAGUUGUGGAAGAAUCUGGAAUGCUUGGCCUCCUCAAUCUCGUCGGAAUGGAUCCUACUGGGUGACUUCAAUUGUAUUGCCUCUACUGCUGAGCGAAUGAAUGGCAGAUCUGUUACUAGUAGAGACACAAUGGAACUCCAGACGUUUAUGUCUUCUCAACAUGUUACAGAUAUUCCCUAUAAUGGAUGUUUCUUCACCUGGUCGGAUAAAAGGCAAAAUGGUCCAAGAAUAUGCUCCAAACUGGACAGAAUAAUGGCUAGUUUUUGGAUGAAUAAGGUGCAAUCUCAUGCUUAUUUUCAGCCCCCAGGAGUCUCUGAUCAUUCCCCCGGUGUUGUGGAAAUUCUGCCUCAUAAGGUAUUUCAUCCUCCAUUCAGAUUUUGCAAUUUCUGGACUUCAGAAGAGGACUUCCUCUAUAUUGUGACUUCUGUGUGGCAAUCUAUUGGACCUCCUGAUAAUCUAUUUGGUCUCCAGAGAAACAUCAAAUUGCUCAAGCAUGCUUUCAAAGAAAAAUUUUCCAAGAUGACAAGAUCUCUGGCGGGACGAAUCAAGGAGACCAGGAACUGGCAACAUGAAAUUCAAAAAGAUCUGUUUAUAUCACCCAUAGAUACAGAACUCCUAGCAAUCGAAUCACCAGCCUUAACCGUACUGAACAAGCUCAUCAAGAAUGAAAUGUUGUUUCUCAAACAAAGAGCUAGAGUUAAAUGGAGCUUAGAUGGGGACCUAAAUACCUCCUACUUUCAUGCGUGCAUAAAAAACAAGACGGCCAUGGGAUCUAUCAACACCUUGUAUGAUCCAAAUGGGAAUAGAUUAACGGAUCCUGACUCCAUCAAAGCAGAGUUGUUGGAUUAUUUCCGAGUUCUGCUAGGGAUGGCAUUACCAGAGGAAUACUUGCAUCUUCUGUUUAUCACAUUUGGGAAGCAAGGAACAGUGCAAUCUUCAGAGCCCAACCUUUAUCAGAACAUGAAAUUAUGA